UUUAUUUAUAGAUUAGACAAAAUGGCAGCUUCCAUGUGAAACGUCAAACACAUUUUGUCAUACAACGUUAUUUCAUGAUCUUUUCGUAAGGCAACUAACAGCAGCCAUGGGAGUUCUGGAGAAAAUUGCAGAAAUAGAGAGAGAAAUCUCUAGAACGCAGAAAAACAAAGCCACUGAAUACCACUUGGGAUUGCUAAAAGCAAAACUUGCACGAUACAGACAGCAGUUAUUGGAACCCACUGGGAAAUCUGCUAAGGGAGAUGGUUUUGAUGUUAUGAAAUCUGGAGAUGCCAGAGUGGCCUUGAUUGGAUUCCCCUCUGUUGGAAAAUCUACCCUGUUGAAUACGCUGACAAAGACACACAGUGAGUGCGCCAGCUAUGAGUUCACCACCCUGACCUGUAUACCGGGAGUUAUAGAGUACAAUGGGGCCAACAUUCAGUUGCUGGAUUUACCUGGAAUUAUUGAGGGUGCUGCUAAAGGCAAGGGUAGAGGUAGACAGGUCAUAGCAGUGGCACGAACAGCUGACUUGGUCAUUAUGAUGAUAGAUGCUACCAAGAAAGAUGUGCAGAAAGAUUUGCUGACAGCUGAACUGGAGACUGUUGGCAUCAGAUUAAACCGAAGAAAACCCAAUAUUUAUUACAAGGAGAAGAAGGGUGGAGGUAUAUCAUUCAACUCUACAGUCACGCUCACGAAGACAAGUGAACGGAUGGUGCAAUUGAUUCUGCAUGAUUAUAAAAUCUUCAAUGCCGAGGUAGUGUUCCGCGAAGACUGCAGUACAGACGAGUUUAUUGACGUCCUUGUCGGAAGCAGGGUGUACAUGCCAUGUCUUUAUGUGUAUAACAAGAUUGAUCAGAUAUCCAUUGAAGAGGUAGACAGACUGGCCAGGCAGCCACAUUCAGUUGUCUGCAGUUGCAAUAUGAUGCUCAAUUUGGACGGACUGCUAGAUACACUGUGGAGGGAGUUGGCUCUGGUGCGAGUCUUCACCAAGAAAAGAGGAGAGGCCCCAGAUUUUGAAGGUGGACUCAUUCUACGACGAGGAUGCACGGUAGAACAUGUUUGCCAUGCAAUUCACAGAACAUUAGUUGCUAACUUCAAGUACGCAUUAGUUUGGGGACAGAGUGUGAAAUUCAGUCCACAGCGAGUUGGUCUACAACAUUCGAUGUGUCACGAUGAUGUGAUUCAAGUUGUAAAGAAAUAAACACUUCUGGGUAUUACAAUGUACCAGUUCAUCUCUUAUAGUCACAAAGGAUGGCUUCAAUGAAAGUGCUCAUUGGUAUUGUGUUCAUAAGACAAUUGUACAAUACUGAUGCUGCUUUCAGUGUUAUUAGGGUUCUGAGUAAAUGUACUGUUAUUUGAUUACCAUUUUGUACUUGUUCUGUACAUUGUUAUUUAAGAGGAUCAUUAAGGCCAUGAUAAGCCUGUAUAUAUUAUACAGGUAGGCUUAUUGAUAAAUGAAAAAAGCCAGUCUAUAAAAUACAUGAUGCUAUGUUAAAUUGUAAAACAAAAGAAUCUAGCUUCUUUGUUAGUCAACUGAAGUCACAUGUAUGCACUGAGAAAUAAAACAUUUUUCAUCAGAA